AUGUUGCACUACAGAACCCUAAUAGCCUUAAGUGUAUGCGCGUUGAUGGCGUCGGCCCAGGACUGGGGAGGCAUGGGCGGUGGAGAUAUGGGCGGUGGUGAUAUGGGAGGCAUGGGCGGUGGUGGCGACAUGGGCGGUGGCGGUGACAUGGGUUACGGUGGUGGUAUGGGUGGUGGAGACAUGAACGGUGGUGAUAUGGGCGGUUAUGGUGGUGGUAAGUUUUUGGGGGAUUUUUAAAGAGUGUGAUAUUUUUAAAUAGGUAUUAUAAGAAAGAAUGGCAGUUGGAUACUUUUUGAAAAUUUUAAUUUUUUGGAAAUCUGCACCGUGCAAAUUGAAUUAAACAUUGAUUGCACGGUGCAGUUUUAAUUACUUAAAGUAAUGCUUUAGGCAAAAAAAUAGUGUUGAAAAAAAGCAAGAAAAACCCAUUGACGUAUUUUACCAAAUUUUUCAAAAAACAUAUUUUGUAGGCUACGGUGCCGGAAACGGUCAAAUGGGAGGCAACUACGGCGGUUUCCCACAGGGCGGACCUGGAUUCCCUCAACAGCAGUAA